CGUUCUGUGAUUCGAAUCUCUCACUACGUGAUCGCGUGGCUCGUCUGCCUCCGCGCUCUCGGGAAAAGCUCGGGCUCAGUGCUUCUGCUGCGGUUUAUACGGCCUAUCGGGAACGUGCAUACUACCCUCCCCGUCUCCCUCACACACCCCGGCGUGAUAAACAUCAUGGCACAGUUUCCGCAGGACUUUGCAUGGGGGUUUGCAACCGCCAGCUACCAGAUCGAAGGCUCGGCCUCGACGGGUGGGCGUGGCCCGUCCAUAUGGGAUACGUUCUGCCAGCUCCCGGGCAAGAUUCGAGACGGUUCCAGCGGCGAAGUCGCUACCGACUCUUACCGACUUUGGAAGGAAGACGUCGCUCUACUGAAGUCGUACAACGUCAAUGCCUACAGGUUCUCGAUCUCUUGGUCGAGGCUCAUCCCGCUGGGUGGAAGAGACGACCCGGUCAACCCGGAGGGUAUCGCGUUCUAUAGGUCGCUCAUCAAGGAGCUGUUGACGAAUGGUAUCACGCCUUACGUCACUUUGUACCAUUGGGAUCUACCGCAGGGACUGCACGACCGCUAUGGUGGCUGGCUCAAUAAGGAGGAGAUCGUCAAGGACUAUGUCAACUACGCCAAGCUUUGUUUCGACUCUUUCGGCGAUCUUGUAAAGAACUGGAUCACGCACAACGAGCCUUGGGUCAUCUCUUGCCUCGGUUAUCAGAAAGGCAUAUUCGCCCCUGGUCACAAGAGCAACACUGAGCCGUGGAUUGUCGCUCACAAUGCGAUCUUAGCCCACGCAUAUGCUGUGAAGCUAUAUCGUGAACAGUUCAAGCCUAUCCAGGGUGGGCAGAUCGGCAUUACUCUAGAUUGUCACUGGCAGAUGCCCUACGACGAUUCCCCGGAGAACAUUGAAGCGGCCAAGAGAGGAAUUGACUUCAAACUGGGUAAAAUUCCAUCGCAUGACCCCAUCUAUAAAGGCUAUUACCCCGAGCGAGUGAAGCAGAUCAUUGGUGAUCGCCUUCCAGUGUUCACAGAGGAAGAGAUUGCCGUCGUCAAAGGUUCCUCGGACUUCUUCGGGCUCAACACAUACACCUCGCAGCUCGUCAGGGAAGGCGGAACUGAUGAGACGAACGGCUACACAACGGUUGGCCACACACGUCCCGACGGAACGCAGCUAGGGACCAUAGGUGCGAAGAACAUAUGCGUGGUCAGCAUCGCACAUCCUCCCGGGUUCCGAUCUCUACUCAAUUACCUCUGGAAGACAUACCAAAAACCCAUCUACGUGACGGAGAACGGUUUUGCUGUCAAGAACGAACACCAGAUGUCCCUCGCAGAAGCGCUUCGCGAUCAAGACCGCAUCGAGUAUUUCGAAGGGUACGCGAAUGCGAUGCUUCAGGCAGUGACGGAGGAUGAUGUUCCUGUUCAUGGAUACUUUGGCUGGACGGCCGUUCAGUGCUUGAAUCAUCUGAUGAAUACUCACCGCAGGGCGGACGGAUACGAGGCCCGGUUUGGUGUGACGUACGUUGACUAUGCCACCCAGAAGAGGUACCCGAAAGAGUCUGCUCUUUUUCUGAGCAAGUGGUUCCCGGAGCAUAUCAAAACCUGAGCUGGCGGCUUUGGGUCGCGAGACAGCGCUGUAUGUGACAAUGUCUGAAGCGAGGGAGCAAAUUCCACGUCUCAAGUGCUCGAGCAGUGCCCCAAGUAUCAAGUCAUACGUACCGUACUUGUAGUUUCGGAUUCAUUGACAUCCAUCCGGCAAGAUCUCAUAUAAGCGCAUGAAGAAUUCAGUG